GCUCGAGUCCUUCCUCCACUGGGCUGCCCGGCGCUCCUCUCUGCCCUGCAUGGGAAGAGCGCAGAAGGAGCGCCGGGCAGCCCAGCGCGCCGAUGCGCGCGAGGCCAGCGUUGCGGCGGUGCUCGCCGCGGCGCCGGCCCCGCCCCUGCGCGCGCCCUUGCCCCCCGGGGCGCUGCCCCGGCCGGCGCCCGCACCACCGCUAGCGCCGGCGCGGAUGCCGCGGAGCAGGAGCCCGCCCUUCGUGGCGUUCCGGCUUGACGGGAAAGGCAAGGGGGAAAGCAAGGGCUCCGACGGCAAGGGCGACGACGGCAAAGGGGGAGGCAAGGGCUUCGACGGCAACGGCGCCGACGGCAAGAGCUGCGACGCCAAGGGCAGAGCCGGAUCCGGAGCUGACGGGAAAGGCAAGAAGGAAGGCAAGGACUCCAACAACAAGGGCCCCGACGGCAAGGGAGGAGGCAAGAGCUCCGACGGCAAGGGCAAGCCUCGGCUGCUGACGCCGGCGGAAGCAGGCGACCGCGCAGUCCAGGCGGCGAACAAGAAAGCGUCCGACUUUGAGUAUGGGCGCCUCUUGAGCGUGGGGGGGCCUUUCAAGAGUAGGGCGGGCAAGACUUUGGCGAAGGUGGAGCUGCGGGUGCCGGAGAAGCCGUGCUAUACAGUGAAGCAGUACACGGCCGCCUUCCUGGGCAAUGACACGAAGUUUCAGAGGCUUGAAACGGUCGUGACCGAGAAGGAGAAAAAAACCUUGGACGUAUAUUUGCGGGCUCGCAACGCUGCUCAUCAGCCCUCAGUGGUUCUCUUCGUGCGCUUCAUCGAGGCCACAGAGCUGUGGGACGACAUCUACGAGCAGAGCGUGCACGUGUAUAAAACUCUAGUCGAGGGUCUCCGACCAGUGUUUGAGCUCCAUCGCCCGUCGAACGGCUCGACACCGUUCUGGCGCGAGAUCAUUUAG